AUGGUAUUUGAAGAUGGGGCCUUUGAAAGAUACUCCAAUUUAGAUGAGGUCAUGAGGGAAAAAGAAGAAGUAGAGGGGAUAUCAGUAGGUGCAAUACUUUCUGACUAUCAGCGUGUUCGAGUAGAAAAUGUGUGUAAAAGGCUUAAUCUCCAGCCUUUAGCUUACCUUUGGCAGAGAAACCAGGAAGAUUUGCUUCGAGAGAUGAUAUCAUCUAAUAUUCAGGCGAUGAUCAUCAAAGUGGCAGCUUUUGGUUUAGAUCCAGAUAAGCAUCUUGGGAAAACUCUGGAUCAAAUGGAACCUUAUCUCUUAGAGCUUUCUAAGAAGUAUGGAGCCCAUGUUUGUGGAGAAGGUGGAGAGUAUGAAACAUUCACUUUGGAUUGCCCUCUGUUUAAGAAGAAAAUAAUUGUGGACUCGUCAGAAGUAGUCAUACAUUCAGCUGAUGCAUUUGCACCUGUGGCUUAUCUACGCUUUUUAAAAUUGCACUUGGAGGACAAGGUGUCCCCAGUGCCUGACAACUACAGAACAUCUAAUAAUAUAUUCGUACAUAAUUCUUGAAAAGCAUUUUUGAACAUUGUUCACUAAGCUACCAUUUCUAUGCCAAAAAAAAGAUUUUUUUUUUCAAUUAUCGUGACCAGCUUUUUCUCAUUACAUUUUUUUUUUUUU